AGCAACGAUUCCGACGCAGACCUGAUACAUAACGGGACCUUCCGAGAAGAUGAGAGUACCGCCAGGGUUGAGCUGGUCGAUAAGAUCGCUCAAGCGCUUGAGCGUUAUAAUCGCUUCGUGAACUCUUACGCCUAACUAUCACGACAGCCUCUCGCGCGAAAAGACGACAUCGACAACGUUGCGGCCUGGUUUGAUAACCACAUCAUUGCAAUCGACAUACGAGAGUGGGACUACAUCACCCACCGUGAAGAGCUUAUUGCUGUGCAACCCAACUCGCUCCUGGUUUCGUGGCAUCCUAGAAAUGACACGCUUCCUCAAAAUACCAUGGUUGAAGCCAUGCUUUCUACGCACCCCACUUGACGACAAAAUCAUCAACGAUGGCCGCGGAUAUUGGCAGAAUGACCGCAAUUUGGAGGCUUUCUCGUUUUGGGUCAUCGCAUUCGUUGGACUAGGCAUGCUCGUGGGCCCGAUAUGGAUACUUGCAUUUAUUGUGGACCCUUUGAAGCGUCUUGGUGUGAUUACGGGGUUCAUUGCACUGUUUUUCAUUCUUGUGGCUGUGGCAACAACGGCAAAAGUCUCGGAAGCGUUGGCAUCGGCGGCGGCCUAUUCGGCUGUGUUGAUGGUGUUCAUGCAGAUAGGGACGAUUAGGGCUCAUUAGCACAGAAUAGCCUCGUUAUCCAAGCCGCAACCACUCCUCAUACCAGCCCUGAUUUCCAGCUCUUAACCACUCCACUCGAACCCAUCCCCUAAAUCAAUACCUCAUCUUCCUCCAUCCCCAUUCCCACAUCCCUAUCAGCCAGCAUUCACGCACUUCACCAUC